AUGCCUCAAAUAUCCCCUCUUUUUUGAAUAAAUUUAUAUAUUAUGUUUUUGUUGAGUUUAAUUUUAGUAUUAGUUGUACAGUAUUUUUUAGUAAUUUAUUGUAAAUUAGAUCGGGUAGGAAAAAUGGAUCGGGAGAUUGAGAAAAUUUGAAAAUGAUAA